UAAUUACGUCAUUACGCUACUACGACGAGGACCAUCUAAACCGACGCACAAAGUACUCACUCAUCCCUCUACCACGUAUAGAGAGCGAGAGCUACGUCGUCGAACACUCUAGGCGCGUGUAACGCGUGUUCACCGCGGCGGCGUCGCCGUCGUCGACGUCCAUGGCGUCCACGGUGAGGCGCGCGUUCCGGUGCCUCCUCGACGGCCUCCGCUCCCUGCCGCCGCGCCGCCGCCGCGCGGGCGCCGGCGGCGGGGCCGCGCGGAGGUCAUCCAAGGCGGCGCCCCGCGUCGUCGUCAUCCGCCGGUUCAGCGGCAAGCUGGAUCGCCGUCGGGCCAGCGCGUCGGGAGGGCCGCCGACGCCGCCUGCGGCGGCGGCGGCGGCGCCCGUCACCAUCCGCGUGGCGACGUUCAACGCCGCCAUGUUCUCCAUGGCGCCCGCCGUGCCGUCGCCGCCGGAUCACGACGACUACGACGGCGACGGCGAAGGGUGCUCCACGUGGCGCGCCCCGGCCUCCUCCUCCGGCGGCAGCCGGCUGGCGCGGCGGCCCAAGAAGGGCAUCCUCAAGGCGCAGAGCAGCUCGAGCGCGCCGCCGCCGCCGCCGUCCCCCGAAGUCGAGCUGCUGCGGCGGCGGCGGCACGUGUCGAUCAGCCUCCCCGACGACGACGACGAGAUCGCCCCGCACCACAGAAGGAACAGCAGCAGCAGCAGCAGCAGCGCCAGCGCGCGCCUCGUGACGAGGCCGGCGGCGGCGACCAGCGGGAGCGGCAGGUGGAGGUCGGUGUUCGGGGCGGUGUGGGAGCACCAGAACCAUUACCAGCAGCGACGGCAGAAGCAGAAGCAGAAGCAGGAGCGGGAGCAGGCGACGGCGAGGCACCGGAGCAGCAGCGGCGCGGCGCGGCGGCGGAGCGUGGCGGAGGCGCUGCGGGAGGCGGGCGCGGACAUGGUGGCGCUGCAGAACGUGCGCGCGGAGGAAGGGCGCGGGAUGCGGCCGCUGUCGGAGCUCGCCGAGGGGCUCGGGAUGCGGUACGUGUUCGCCGAGAGCUGGGCGCCGGAGUACGGCAACGCCGUGCUCUCCCGCUGGCCCAUCAAGCGCUGGAACGCGCGCCGCCUCGCCGACCACUUCGACUUCCGGAACGUGAUGAGAGCCACCAUUGAGGUGCCGGGAGCCGGGGAGGUGAACCUGUACUGCACCCAUCUGGACCACCUCGACGAGGGCCUCAGGAUGAAGCAGGUCGACUCCAUCCUCCGCUUCGCCGACGGCCACCACCACAUCCUCGCCGGCGGCCUCAACGCCCUCGACGCCUCCGACUACUCCGCCGACCGCUGGGCCGCCAUCGCCAAGUACCACGAGGAGAUCGGCAAGCCGCCGCCGAAGUCGGAGGUGAUGAGGCACCUCAAGGCGAAGCGCUACGUCGACGCCAAGGACUUCGCCGGAGGGCGUGACGCCGGCCUGGUGGUGGUUCCCAAUGGCCAAGAUGUGCAGGGGACGUGCAAGUACGGCACGAGGGUGGACUACAUCCUGGCGUCGCCCAACUCGCCGUACAACUUCGUGCCGGGGUCGUACGCCGUCGUCCCGUCCAUGGGCACCUCGGAUCACCACAUCGUCAUGGUGGACGUCGCCGUCGCCGCCCACGAUGGCGGCGGCGGCGGCGGCGCGGCGAGGCGGCGGCGGAGGCGGAGGGUGGUGAAGGUGACGAACAAGAGUUCGGCGAGAGGGAUAUUCGCCGAUUAGACUAGAUGGAUUAUUAUUGGGCUUCUGGUUUCUUCUUCCUUUUGAGUGAACUGUAUAUGUGUCUCAGUUUACGGCCCAAACACUUUUUUUUGGUGGGGAUACGGCCCAAAUAAUUAUCUGGCCGAAUAAGCCCAUUAGUAAUAUGAACCGAAUGGUAGCGAGCGAUCCAAUCUUGGGGUUUGGGUUCCAGGAAGGCCCGUCAACA